CCGCAGCUACAUUCGUUCCCGCAGUAACUUUUGCGUGGCUUAUUGCACGUCAUCCUUGGCUCGCUGUCAUGAUGCUGCAGCGUUUCUCGCGAUUCGCGGGAACACUAGAAGAACCACUCGCUCAUGGUGGAAACAGGACGUCACUCGCUAACGCUGAGAGUUGUAUUGAGUUAUGUAUAUGUAGUGUGGGGGGAGGCAGAGGAGGUGGGUGGGGUAGGGAAUUGCUAUUUAAGCGACGCACAAACUUCAACUGAGAAAGCUUUAUUGAGUUGUAGGCACAUAGGAUGAAUAGGAAGUUUAUACUAUUGCUACGCCUUCUGUACCUUCACGUUUAUUAAAUCAGUGCGUGGACAUACCAUUUUGAAAUAAAUUCUUGGGAUAUGAACAGUGUUGAUUUUCACUAAAUUUCUCUCCGCGAAUUUUGUAUAUUAUUAUUAUUACGGUGUCCGAUAAAUUUUGUGUUGCCAAGCAAGAUGUCAUUACUAAGGCACAUCGCCAGCCGAGGAUUUUUACCUCUGCACUCAUUAAGGUCUAUUUCAACUAUAAGAGUCAUGUGUGAUAAAAGUGCAGUUUCUUCUAGUGAAAAGAAGGUCGAUGAUCCCAUGAGAAUUCUUCAAGGUAAUUGAUAAUUAUACAUUUACGUUAGAACUUUUAAAGUUGUAAAGCAAUCUGGUGACAGUAAGUCACUUGCAUAUAAAGAAUUCAAUUGCUUCAAUUGCUUCUGAUCAUCAAAAUUUGAAUGUGCAGUGAUAUUGCAUCUUUCUUUGGUGUUGUAGAUGGCAGAAAUCACAAACCAGACAACAUGGAAAAACGGUUCUUAGUAUGGGCAGGAAAGUAUAAAAGUUUAGAAGAAGUCCCUCCUACUGUGCCUCAAGAAACAAUGGAAAAGGCUCGUAAUAAGAUCCGUAUUAAGAUAGCCAAUUACAUGAUGUUAGCCACAAUACUAGGUUGCAUUGGCUUUGUUUACAGUGGAAAACAGGCUGCGAAGCGUGGAGAGAGUGUUCAGAAAAUGAAUAUGGACUGGCACAAGCAGAUUAAUGAAACUUCUUCAAAGUAAAGAAAUCUGUGUUUUAUCCAGUUAGUACCUGUAUCUGCAGACAUCUUUUAACCAACUGAUAAGUUGAAAUUUAGUUAAAAUGUGUUGGUGUGCCUAAAUUGCAAGAGUUAAAUAAUUUCAAACUAGAAAAUCUGCAAUAAGUGUAUUUGACAUAUACUGUCAAAGAGAAAGACUUCUUUACCUUAUUAAAAAUUCUAAUUUGUAUACCAUGUAACUAUAGUCAUGACAUAAACUACUGUUUCUUUGUUGGAAGUCAUAGAAUUAUUAGUGAAGAAUGUAACAUGGAUAAGCAAUUGUUUGUUAUGUUUGUCUUUGGAAUUAAAAUACUUGUUGCUUCUAUCUAGAAAAUAUAAAAACUGUAUAGCAAGGACUGUUGUAUAAAAUAAACUAUUUAACAGAAAAAUCUUGUAUAUUUGAGCAACUACUAGCAUACAAAAUGUAGAAAAAUAUGAAAAAGGUUAUCUACCUAGUAUUACUCUGCUCCAGUUAUUCUCUGAAACUUUUUCAACAGUUUUCAAGAAUAGAACUCCUGAAACUUGUACUGAAAGCAAAAUGUGUAUCACUGUUAGAUACACUUUCAAAAUGUACACAUUCAAAUAUCAAUAUAUCUAUAACCAUUUACUUUCUAAAGGUAUUAAAUGAGGUAUGCUUAUAAUAGCACUGCUAACUUUUCCCAGACAUUUGAAAAAUGAUCUGCGUUCUAAGUUCAUUUUUGCUAAUUUCUUUUCUAUAUAUGAAAGUACAAAUUUUAACAUUUCUACAGUUCAAGAUCUGGCGGCUUAUAAAAUGGUCGACAUCGUUCAUAAUAAAUCUUGGUGCUGCGUUCUUUAACAACUUCUUCAACACUGAGCUCUGCCUGGAGUAACCGCAACUUCGUCUGUUCUUUUCGUAAAUGUUUCAAAAGUCCAAUAUCAUCUGGUUUCUUUUCCCUUUGGGUCUUCAGUUCACGUACUUUAUUUGCUACCUGAGUAAUGCAUGUUUUAAUGGAAGCUUCCCUUUUCUCAUAGCUACCUUUUAACUGUUCAUACAGUUCCUUGCAUGAUGCAGAAGGAUUGACCUGACCUUUAAACGAAUCUGUUGGAAUGGUAGUAUUGAGGGCGUACACAAUCUUAUCAUCGACAAUUCUCAUCUUUUUCAAAGCAUCCUGAAAUUCCAGAAAGUCACCGCACUCGGAAUUCAUGGACGCAGCCAUUUUUUGAAUUAAUCUCGAUUCCAGAUACGUUUCCCAUCAUCCUCUAAAAGCGAAAGGCCUUGAAGUUGAAUGCUCCGAAGGAAGAAGUUUCCAUGAAAAUUUCUCUUUAAAAAGAUCGUGAAUCAGCCUUUUGGGAAGAUGUCAGGGCCUACUCACAAGUAUCGAUAUAAAAAUGUUGGCCUGGAUUCACAAGAGCUUCGGAGGCGAAGAGAAGAAGAAGGUGUGCAGUUGAGGAAACAAAAACGUGAACAACAAUUAUUUAAACGUCGGAAUGUGCUUAUGCCUAUUUUGCCUGAUGAUGAAGGCAGUAUGCAGGAAGAUAUUAUGUCACAUGUUAAUGCACCAGGCAUUACACCAGGGAUGGUGCAGGCAUUGUAUAGUUCUAAUGUUCAAGAUCAGUUAGCUGCAACUCAAAAGUUUCGCAAACUCUUGUCACGAGAACCAAAUCCUCCAAUUGAUGAAGUUAUUCAAACUGGUAUUGUUCCCAGAUUUGUGGAAUUUCUUCAAAAUAAUACCAAUUGUACAUUGCAGUUUGAGGCUGCGUGGGCUCUGACAAAUAUUGCAUCUGGGACCUCUUUACAAACUCGCAUGGUAAUUGAAGCUGGUGCAGUGCCCAUAUUCAUUAGACUUUUAGGAUCUGAAUAUGAAGAUGUCCAAGAGCAGGCAGUCUGGGCCUUAGGAAAUAUUGCUGGUGAUUCUCCAGAAUGCCGAGAUCAUGUGCUGGAUUCUGGAAUUCUUGUACCUCUUUUGCAAUUAUUGAGUAAAUCAACCAGACUUUCUAUGACAAGGAAUGCUGUUUGGGCUCUUUCGAAUUUAUGCCGAGGCAAGAACCCACCUCCUGAAUUCGGAAAAGUUAGUCCUUGCCUUCCGGUGCUUUCUCGUCUGCUCUUCCAUGCAGAUGGAGAUGUUUUGGCAGAUGCCUGUUGGGCUUUGAGUUAUCUCUCGGAUGGUCCAAAUGACAAAAUUCAAGCCGUAAUUGAUGCUGGUGUGUGCCGCCGCCUUGUGGAACUUCUCAUGCACAAUCAGCAUAAUGUAGUUUCGGCAGCAUUACGAGCAGUAGGGAACAUUGUGACUGGGGAUGAUGUCCAAACACAAGUCAUCCUGAAUUGUUCUGCCCUUCCCUGCCUGUUGCACCUCUUAGCUUCUUCAAAAGAAUCAAUUCGUAAAGAAGCGUGUUGGACGAUAUCAAAUAUUACUGCUGGAAAUAGGCAGCAAAUUCAGGCGGUCAUUGAUGCAAAUAUAUUUCCUGUCCUCAUUGAGAUCUUAGGAAAAGCAGAAUUUAAAACACGGAAAGAAGCUGCUUGGGCAAUAACAAAUGCCACAUCUGGAGGUACAGCAGAACAAAUUCGAUACCUUGUGGAUCAGGGUUGCAUACCUCCAUUAUGUGAUUUGUUAACUGUAAUGGAUGCCAAAAUAGUCCAAGUAGCAUUGAACGGAUUGGAAAAUAUUUUGAGGCUAGGUGAUCAAGAUGCAAAAACACAUGGUGGUAUUAAUCCUUAUGCAGUGCUUAUUGAAGAAUGUUUUGGAAUUGAUAAGAUUGAAUUUCUUCAGUCUCACGAAAACAUGGAAAUAUAUCAGAAAGCAUUCGAUAUAAUUGAGCAUUACUUUGGUAGCGAAGAAGAAGAUUCAAGAGUAGCUCCUGAGGUAGAUCAGGAUGCUCAGCAGUUCCAAUUUAAUGCUGAUCAGAGUGUACCUAUGGGUGGCUUUCAGUUUUGAAUCUUUUAAAUUGUAGAUAAAGGUAUCAACUAUAAAGAAAAGAUGUAACUGGCUGAAAACCCAGUGAGAUUCAAUGGUAUGUGAGUAGAAAAAGCUUUUUCUUCAAUUCUUAAAACAUCAGUGAAUUGGUUGAUGUUAAACCAUAAUAAUAAUAAGGCCAUUGACGAGACUGAUAUUGGACAUGCAUACAUGAUAUUGACAAUGAGAAGAAAAUCAACUCACUAAAAUGUAUUGAACAAAGAACAUUUUCCUUUCAUUACUUCUACCAGUAUGUCCAAUGAGGCAGAUCAUUCGUUUCUUCAGUCCUGUGAAAUUUGCCACCUGCAUAGUGUGAAGUGUUUCAUUUAAUAAAUACCAUUGGUACUAACUUCACUAAGGUAUAGAUGUGUUGUCAAUAAAAUGAACUGUCAGUCAUUUUGUUUAUUAUACUUUCUGGUGAAGAUUAAUUUAUGUAGUAACUGUUGUAGUCCUGCCAGAUCACUAAACUCACAUAUGUGAUCAAACUUUGUCUUUCGUAAAUGUAUAUAACAUUCUUUACAAAGGUUUGUUACCAAAUUUUAUAGAAGUCUUUGAACCAUAUUGUAUUUGAGAAUGGACACAGGUAAGAUUGUGAAAAAUUGUCUUUAUUUUGUUGGUAGCAACAACGAAAAUGAUUUCUUUUCCACUUUCCUCAAUUGCUAAACUUCUAGGGGAAUGAUAAAUGUUUGGUAAUUUUGUAACGUUAGAGCAAACAGCAUCCACUCGUAUUUAAUAUUGCUUUUGUACAACUGUAACUAGUUUUGUUCUUGUAUUCGAUGUAUUAUUUCAUGGUAUAUGAAUGUCUACCAUUAUGUCGCUGGCUUUGUAGAACUGUUAACUCAUGCCAAAUUCUUCUUUUAUUUAACAUGAUUGAAUAUGACUUUAGCAUGCAUUUUCAAGUGAAUACCAACCAAAAACCAUUGUGUUGGAUUUAUUUGCAAUUUAAUAGUUGAAAUUCUUCAGAUAUAUGUUAAACAUUCAAAGACUUAUAUCAUAUUGUAUUGUAUAAAAAAUAUUCUAAUAAUAAUAAUAAUAAUAAUAAUAAAAGAUUUUCA